GCAGAAACAAACUUGAGCCCCCCAAAAAGAAAGAUUAACAGCAGCUUCUCCUGACAAGAUAACGACGAGUCGACCUACUCAACCUACUCAACACGAGUCAUACAGGAGGAGGGUUGGGGAUGCGUCGACUCCCGAACAACGACCUGGUCCGGAACAAUCCAAAAGGUUGUGGCACUGAGGCGAUGAAUGAUUCCAAAGUCAAUCGUACAGCAUCCAGCUCUGGCUGCGCGAGACGAGUCGCCCUGCCCUGUCGCAUAGCCCCGCGAGGCAACCCCUCCCUGAGAAUCUGGCUCAAGCAAACUUCUGAUGAGGUUGCCGGUCACUCCCUCCCUUAUCACGCCAUUUCUCAUCUCCAGGCGAUCUAACUGGUGGCACUGCAAGAGACGGUGAACACAUUUCGAACAUUGCAUUUCCGGAGUACUUUCCCCGCCAGCCGCCUUCUCCUCUUGAACCGCUAAGGCGCUCUGAAAGCCAAACCUGCCGGCUGGUCGCCAAUUGUGGCUUCGAGCUGCUCCGUGUGGUCGGUCCAAGUUGCAAGGGGACAGCCCACCGAGCAGUUUGCUACCACCCCGGCCAGGGCUGGCAAAGCUCCAGAGGUCCAGCCUCACCAAGUAGCCACAGCGGACACCGCCUCCUUCGCGCCCGUCGGAAUACCCACAACCCGUCAAAGCUACCAGAGCUCUCCACUCACCCACUUUUCUUCUGGAGACUGCAGGCAAUCCUCCUUGUGAGGGUUGGGACAAUUUCCGUUUGUGUUGCAUCGGUUGGCAAGUUUGCUGUUUUCCAAACCCCUUGUGCCUUAGUCACUGCGAUUCGAGAAUCUCCACGGAAUCAUGAAUCUCCUUCGCUUGGCCGCCAAUUUCGCACCGCCAAGUUUGCAACACCCUGAGGAACCGAGGGGCUUGGAGGGGUACGGCCAAUUUGCGUGCGUCGAGUGUUCUGUCCUCCCUGCCUUCGAGCAAGCUUCCAGAAGGAAAGCAGGCGGUAUCUCUUUGUAACAUCCAUCAACCUGCAAGAGGGAAAGAAAACAACAUGGCAUGCAGGCCCGUAUGAACAAGUGCCAGGAAACCCUGUCGUGCAAAGGUCGAUUUUGUCCUCGGAUGGGCAGGCCGAUGCCACUUGUUUGACCGCCUUGGCUUCCAGCCCCCCUGACGAAACGAUUGACCGAUACGUUGUCCAAAAGUGUGGCACACGAAAAUGCUAAUGCGUCCUGCUUGCCAUCGUCAUCAAAGAAUAGGACAAGGUACGUAAUCCGGUACAUGGAAUACGUUGAGUCUAGGUACCAAAAUGUCCCACUGGAUGCAAGCCAAAACCCAAACGCAUCCCUCUAGCCGAAGCCAGCGCACGUCAGACACACCGAUGGCAUCUUUCCAGUCUUCGCAUUCACCAGAUUCGGCCGGAAAUGGCGGUGGAUUCUCCAGGCAUCUUCCAGGCAUGCGGUCAAGAUCCUCUGAAAAUUCUAGGCUUCUAUUUCCCAGAAAGAGCCGUUCAGGAAUGAUGAUCAGCUCGCUAUGGAAGGAUGUUUUGGCACCCAGUUGUUUUGAAACUCUUGGUAAAAGGGCGGAGGCAUUGAAAGUUCAGCUUUGCAUCAAUACAGUGAGUUGGCCUCCCCUAUCUCAAUGGUACAUGUUAACGAAAGAGCUCUGUUUCUGCCCCGUACCGGUUCUGCUGGGCCGUGAUUACCUUGGCCUGUCGUUUGCUCUUUUCCAUCCCAGCACAUGAUAUCGCCCUUCUUGCAGCGUCAGUGUCCGAGAUUGACUCCCCUCUUCAGCCUCUCGACGAGCGCCUCCAGCUCGGCGUUGCGGUCCUCUAAUGUUGCUACCUCCUUUUGCAGGGCCUCCUUCUCUGACCUUAACUGCUGGACUUUGGUCGCCAUCUUUUCGCGAUGUCUCAGACUAUCUUCGAACAUGGUUUCAACGCGAUUCAGCAGCACAUCUCCUCCCGUUGCACCGCUGGCAAGUGAAAUAGCGCCAGUGUUGGGCGCUGUCAUGGAUUGAGUGCGCAACUCGGUAUUUGCCUUCUCGAGCUCCAAAACACGUUGCUCCAUUGCGGCUGUACGAGCUUGUUGCCAAAGAUCAUCAGAAUCGGACCGUGACAGCCUCUGUGGUAGGGGUGUGGUUGCUCCACCGCCCAAGACCGACCGUCUGUCCUGUGGCUGGGACGACUGCAGUCUCCCCGACCAAGUCGCUUUGGCAAGCUUCCCCCGCAACAUCAAUACAUUUUCCAAGUCUUCAUCUCUCAAUUUUCUCAUGGCUGCAUGCCCUCGCCUCUCUUCUGCGAGCAAAUCCCUCACUUUGAUCAGAUUCGAGAGAUCUUCGUUCCUCAGGGACAGUAGAUCAGCGUGGUUCCUGAGGAUGGCUUGAUUCUCGCGUUCGAGCUCGGUGAUGCGACUUUGAAGUUGGUCGUAGUCCUUGGACAUGAUCGUGGGAUGAGACCGUUCGACGUCGGCGACACGGAGGAGGAUGGAGUGGAGAAGGUCGGACAUAGGACCAGUCGACUCGAACGGAAGGGCUGGGUUGCCGACAAGCUGCUCUUCUGGCUCGUCAGAAACUCUCAGUCCGGUUACCGUUGGCGUUUUCAAAUCCAUAUCCGCUUGGUCUAUUGUCGAGGCGUCCUCAGCCAGUGUGGCGUGCGAGUCGUCUGUGGCCACAGAUUCACUACGGCUUCUUUGCAUCUCUAGGCUCUGGUGCACUUCACGGUGCUGUUUUGCUGCGACGAGGAAGUGCUCUCGUGAGUUCAGGUGGAGUGUUCGCUUCUUGGGCUGCCAGAGGGGCAUGUCCUCCAGGUUGAAAGGUAACUCUUGCGGCUGGACUUGCGGUGGCAGCGAUGCAUCCUGAUGCUGCUUGUCGUCUUGGUAUGAAGAUAGCAGGCUGUCAUGGUCGUUCUCACUGUAGUUGGUUUCCGGGCUCGAUCCCAGCUGUGACGAGUGCUUGCUUGAAGUAGAUGUGGCCAUUGAAGCUACAGACAUUGCGAUAGAAUGGCUGGAGGAUGUGCGGGUGAUGCGACUGGGCGACCACAUUGUCCCUAGAGCCUGUGAUGGAAUAGCUGGCUCUGGGAGGUAUAGGCAACAGAAGCAAGGGGAUAGUGCGUCAAGG